AUGCCCAGUGCAGACGAGACAAGAGAUCUCUUAGCCUCGGUAUACAGUAUCAGUGGAACAGGGGAGAUCACCACAGAUGAAUAUUAUAGACCUGUUCAUGCUGUGUACAGUCCUGCAGUACAAGCAGCUGCAGAUGAGACGAGUAAUAUUAAAGUUUACAAAAGAAGAUGGUAUAUUUUAUUUAUAUUUGGCAUGUAUGCCUUCAGCCAGAAUUUGGUGUGGAACACAUGGGGACCUAUAACACUUUCAAGUGAGCAUGCGUUUGGCUGGAGCAAUACCACAAUUGCCUGGCUGACCAACUGGGGGCCUGUAUCAUAUAUACUUACUGGCUUGUUUUUUCCUUGGCUGUUGCAAGUGAAAGGUUUGAGAUGGGCGAUACUUAGCAGCAUGUUCUUGGUUGCUGUUGGGGCCGGUCUCAGGGUGAUAACUUCAGAACCGCUCAUAGCUACAAUACUCAUACAUUUUGGCCAGUUCCUGAAUGGUGUGGCAGGACCAGUUGCAAUGAGUGCUUUUCCUACGCUCUCAGCAACCUGGUUCCCACCUCAGGAAAGAGUGACAGCCACAGCAAUCGGCACAAGUAUAAGCAUCAUGGGCGCUGCUCUAGCAUUCAUUCUGGGUCCAAUAUUUGUUAGCACGUUGCCUCCAAGCUCAAACGGUACCUCACAUCUGAAUUCUACGUAUCAAGAAGAUUAUUCUCAAGUACAAACAACAAUACAGCCAAACAAUACUGCAGAUAUUAUAGCUCAGGAGAGGAAAGAGAUCAUGAUGUACAUGUACUAUCAAUGUGGAUUUACAGUUUUUGUGUUUGCCAUCAUCUUGUGCUAUUUUCCGGCCAAGCCGCCCAACCCUCCCUGCGUGUCAGCCACUGUUGAGAGGGAUCUCUACUGGGCGGGUCUGUGGUCAUUGAGAAAGAAAGGCUACUUUCUAAUUAUUGCUGUCACAUACGGUGUCUCUCUCGGUGUCAUAAAUGUUUGGGCUUCUGUCAUCGCUAUGAACCUUGCUGGCUAUGUUAGUCAGAAAACAGCUGGAUGGAUUGGAUUCUAUGCAACACUUGGCGCUUGUGCAGCUUCUCUGGUCAUUGGCAGAUUUGCAGACCUGUUUGUACGGUACAUAAAAUUAUACAUCCUCAUUAUGUAUAUCCUGGGCACUGGUUUUCUCGUUGCGUUUGCUUUGCUGUUGAUCGGAGUUAUACCUUAUGCUGAAGUUUACGUGUAUGUAACAGUGAUCGCAGCAAAUGUGCUGUUUAAUGCUGCUGUACCAAUGUUGUAUGAGAUGGGCUGUGAACUGGCAUACCCCACCAGCGAAGGGGCAGCAAAUGGAAUCCUCACCUACGUAAAUAACUUCUGUGGGCUGGUGUUUCUGGCCGUGUUUUCUUUCCAAAAUGUUGGUACUAUGUGGAUGAACUGGGCGGCCAUUGGAUCAACAGCCGUAUGCAUACCCCUAAUUGUUAUGCUGAAGGGUAGAUUUAACAGACUGGAGGUUGAUCAGAAGGCUCUCAGAACUUUGGACCAAGAAAUUGUUGUUAAUUAG